AUGUUUUCAUUUUUCAAGAAGAAAAAACACAACAAACAUUCCUCAAAAUCAAAAGAAAAUAAUUCAAUUUGUGAUGAAUCAGGUAGUUAAUCGAACAGAUUCACUCUAGAAACACAAGAAGGCGAAAUAUCUGCUAAAUUUAAGAAGGCGCAGACUAUCAGUGCUUACAAUAAUCAUGGUUCGACCUAAGAAAAUAAUAACAGUAAUUCAAGCACUAAAUCUAACUCACCACAAAUACCUAAUCUGCAAUAGACUAUGUCUUGUCCUCCAAUAUAACAAAAAGUCUUUAUAGAAUACGCGGUUCAGAAGGAGGAAACAUUAGAAGACAUAUGUUUGAAAUUCAAAAUGGACAAGAGCUUUUUGAUGGAGAUAAAUUAAAUAUGGGAUGAGGAUUAAGUCCCAAAAUUUAUAGUAGUAGAAGCAACUCCUAUUUAGUAAUAAAUAAUUAGAAAUCAUGCUCUAAAAGAAGAGACUAUCAAUAUUAUUGAAAAGAAUACCAACUUGCUUGGAGAAAAUAAGAAUAACUCAUUCAAUAAUGAUAACUAAGACGAUAUGGAAGAACUCAAAAAGAAAAUUGCUUUCUUCUCAAAUCUUGAAAAAAAUGAGGAUUUUCCCAUGAAGCUUGUUACUGAGAAUGGGAUCAUAAACGGAACUUUGAUAAUAAAUAGCUUCAUGAUACACUUUUCGCCUGAAAUGAAAGAUUAUAAGCGCUUGCAAAAUGAAAUAGAGCAUCUCAAAUCAAAGAAAGCUUACAAAUAUCACAAAUUUGAUAAUAACGAGCUAAGUGAUUACUCUAUUACGUUAGACUUCAAUGAUAUUUUUCUAGCUGAUAUAAAUGUCAUUGAAGCUAUCUAAACUUAAAAUUCAAAAGUUUAGAAAAUGUAAGUUAAGCUAGACAUAUUCCUAACAUAGGCAUAGAACUGGUCUAGCAAUUUCUCAAACAAAAGCUACUUGAAAGUAGAGUUUCUUUCUUCUUAGACAUUUGAGCCAAUAAACUAAAAUGAUAGUGAGAAUGUGGGCAGAACCUAUGUCCAUUACAUCCUUUAGAAGGUUUAAUAUUUGAUUGGGAAGAGCAGAAGCCAUAAUGAAGCUAUAAAUUAAUUUACAGACAACUUUGAAACCCAGCCUUCUUAGAGUAUCGUAAAGCACUACUAAGUAGUCUCGUGUGAUUCUUUGAAAUUAAUGAAUACUGACUCUGAUUCGUUGUUUAGUACAGAAUAAAUUAAUCCACCCAGACUCUAGAUUUAUCCAUCCAUAAUUGUUGGAACUUCUUCUGCUCCAAAAGAUAACACAGGUCCUCUUGCAUAUAAUAAGAUAUUAAGUUAGUAGUAAUUUGAAUAAAUUGUGGAUAGAUUACCUUGUUACAUUCAAAAUAACGACUGGCAUUUAGUUUACUGUCCAAUUAAGCAUGGUUUUUCAUAUGAAUAAAUGAUUAAGAGAACAUAAAACAUAGGUCCUCAUGUCUUGGUUAUUAGAGAUGCAAAGCAUAAAUAUAUCUUUGGUGCCUUUGUCACUGAAGGAUGGGUAAAAAGUACUACCACUUAUGGAUCAGCUGAAUCUUUCUUAUUUUCGUUCAAAAAAAACCCAGAUAGCUAUUAACGCAAGUAUCAAAAUAUUUUGUGCUACAGAAACAGAAGUGGCUCAACUUAAAUCUAAUAUUGCAGCGAUAACGGAAUAGCAGUAGGCAUCGACACUAAAUUUGCUCUCUUCAUCCACUACUCUCUUAGUAAAGGCACCACACAUGCAACUCGACUGAUGCAAAAUGACCUUCUCACUGAAUCAAGCGAUUUCAAAAUUAGUGAUUUCGAAAUAUGGGGUUUAGAUUAAUCUAAGCUGCGUUCAUAGACGAUAUAGUUUUGA